AUGCGCUUCGUUCUACUCGCCCUUGCCACCUUGGCUGUUGGAGCAUUAGCCUUACCUCCAGCGCCAUCCACCUGCGCUUGUCUCGACGACAAGUCGGCCAAACGCGUGGCCAAUAACUUUAAGACCCUCAUCACCAACUACUCCAACGCUUCCGCAGCGGCGUACCUCACCCCAGACGUUCGGGACUACUCCGAUUCCGUCAACGAGCUCAUCAACAACGGCUGCUCCAACGGCCCUGCACCACUAGGAACCGCGACUUUCGACUCUCUGGUUGAUUUUCAAGCUGGACAGGGCAGUCAACCAAACAUCCCAUUUGAGAUAUUGAACAUUUGGUAUGGUUGCAGUGCUGUGACUCUAAGAUGGCGGUCUACGUACCCGGGAGGUCCGGCAAACCCGCAGCAGUUUGUUACGGGAAUCAUUGUUUUGGAGACGGUCUGCGCCACUGGAACGGAGAAGUACAAGAUUAAGACGGUGUACUCGGAAUUCAACAGUGGGGCUUGGUUGUAUGAUCUGGGGGUCUUUGUGCCCGAAUGCUCUUAG